AGGAAGCAAACGAGGCCCCGACGGGAAGAAAGGGUUUAGUCGAUAGGGGAGAAGCUAAGACCUUGGGAAAGGGGAAACACUGUGAACAUUACAGACGACGAGAAGGUGGAGAUUCGUGGAGAAAGAAUGAGACUCGAUUGAGAAGGAUCGUGAAAUAUUACUCAGUUUCUUGCAAUCCGAGAGAGGGUCGAGAACUGAGGAGUAAGGAUUAUGGCAUAUAGCAGACGAUUGCUGCUCCUUCGAGUGCUGUUGAAUCGGCAGGUCGUGCGAGAGUCUGCACAGAGUGGUGCUCCUUUGCCUGCAUCUGCAGCUCUCCUGCAUACUUUCGGUGGCGUCGGUGCGACAGCUAAAAAGAUCGCCCCUCCCAGGAGUCGUCUGACUUGGAGACGACUCUUGACGGGAACCGUGUUGGGUUCUGUCAUUGCUAGUGGAGCAUAUGUUGGGACCAGGGACGAGGCAACGAUCAGUGGAUGGGCGUUCGAGGGUUCAAAGUUGGCAAAUCCACUUUUCAGAUUGUUUGAUCCUGAAGAUGCCCACCGGCUAGCUAUCUGGGCUGCGUCUCAAGGUCUGGUGCCUAAGGAGAACAGACCUGAUCCAGCUAUCUUAGCAACGGAGGUGUGGGGGCGCAAGUUUUCGAACCCAAUUGGCCUUGCUGCAGGUUUUGACAAGAAUGCGGAGGCAGUAGAGGGGUUGCUCGGGAUAGGAUUUGGUUUUGUUGAGGUGGGCUCUGUCACACCCGUUCCUCAAGAGGGCAAUCCAAAGCCUCGAGUUUUUAGAUUGCACGAACAUGGGGCUAUUAUCAAUCGAUACGGUUUCAAUAGCGAGGGUAUUAUGGCAGUCGCGAAGCGUCUUGGUGCACAACAUGGGAAAAGGAAAUUAGCAGAAACAACCAAACCCGCAACAUCGAUGUAUGCUGACGAAAAACAAUUUGGUGGAAAAGCUGGGCCCGGUAUCUUGGGUGUCAAUCUUGGAAAAAAUAAAACAAGCACUGACGCUUCAUCGGAUUAUGUACAAGGUGUACACACUUUAUCUCAGUACGCAGAUUACCUGGUCAUAAAUAUCUCAUCUCCCAAUACCCCGGGCCUAAGAAAGCUUCAAGGGAGAAAGGAGCUCAAAGAUCUCAUUAAGAAGGUAUUGUCAGCACGAGAUGAUAUGCAGUGGGGAGAGGAGGGCCCACCACCUUUGUUAGUGAAGAUUGCACCCGAUUUGUCAAAGGAGGAUCUUGCUGAUAUAGCGGCGGUUGUCCUCACGCUUAGGGUAGAUGGACUGGUUAUUUCUAACACAACUGUCUCAAGACCGGAGGAAGUUGGUAGUCAUAUUCAUGGCAAGGAAACUGGUGGGCUUAGUGGGAAACCUUUGUUGGCGAUGUCAACAAACGUCUUACGGGACAUGUUCCAGCUAACCAGGGGUAAGGUUCCGUUGAUCGGUGUGGGAGGAGUAAGCAGUGGAGAAGACGCUUACUUGAAGAUUCGCGCUGGUGCAUCUUUGGUUCAACUGUAUUCCGCUUUCGCGUACGAGGGUCCUGCAUUUAUUCCCAGGAUAAAGGCUGAGUUGGCGGCAUGUCUUGAGGCCGAUGGCUACAAGUCGGUUUCAGAGGCCGUAGGGGCAGAUUUCCGAUAGCUAGAAAGGGAUGUAGAUCAGCAGAUAAAUUGAAAGAGAGUGCACGGAAAUAUCAUUGUCUAUUGUGAGGGUUGGCUGGUCACUUGGGCAUGUUCUGCUUCAAAACGAUACGAAGAGUGGUUAAGAAGCAGGGAAAAAACGCUUCAAGUUGGACAAGCUCUUCUUGUACUGACAUUGUUGAAAUUCUACGGGUUCUCGAGCUGCUUGGAGUUUCACGAGGAGCACUAAAUAUGCAGCACUGGUGCAGUAACUAUGAGCUGCACCAGCCAAUUUUGCAAUUUGCAUGGGCAGAGACGGCAAGAUGCCCCUUGAACUUUUGGGAAUACUCUCCAUCAAAGGAAGGAAUUUUGUGAAUUGGUGGACUACAAGGGAAGGGUAGUAAGAGGGCAGGAGUAGUUCCAGUUUUUAUGAAAGAAAAACUCUGCAUUUAUUUCUCUCAUUACCACUAAGCCACUCUUUAUUAAGAUGUUUACUCAUGGUGGACAAUCCUCCAUCGGUUGUCAUCUUUUAACCGCUUGAUUUUACGUAGUGGUGCUAUUUUAUUUUGGAACUAUGUAGAAGUUUUGGCGUCGAGAAAUCAAUUAAGUUUACACUAAAGACUAACACGAUUACGAUACUUACUGUGGAGCU